GAUGCUAGAUAACUGAAGCUGUUUCAUUUGCACCAGAUUGUGUAGUGGUAGGGCAUGGUGUAACGUGUAAUCCCUGUUAACUUGUUAGAAAGCAUUUAAGAUAAGAGUUUUGAGUUUUUUUUUUCUUUGUUUUUUUUUAUAAAUGUAAAUGUACAAACCCUGGAGAAACUACCCAGAAUAAGAAAAAACUACAAACCUGGCACUUCACAAUGAAGACCAUUUAUGUCUUCUACUGUCUUCUUUAUGCUAUGUGGGCAGAGGGAGAGAGCAUUAGUGUAGAGGGAUUCGAGAGGGGAGAAGUCUCGUUCCGGUGUUCACACAGAGUUGCGUGGCUCUACGAUAAAUACCUCUGCCAGGAUCCGUGUGAAAACCGUCAAGAUAGACUGUUGACUGUAGGAUCUGGUAAAAGAGCAGAGUCGGGGAGGAUAACUCUGGUGGACUUGGGGAACGGAGCCUUCACUGUGACCUUCAGUCAACUCCAGAUGUCAGACUCAGGGAGGUACUGGUGUGGAGUGGACAGGCCUGGUUUUGAUACAUUCACUGCCGUACAGCUUACUGUAAAGGAAGCUGCAAAUGAAACAACAACUACCGUAUCUGAACUUUCUCCUACAUGGACAUAUCAGUUCAUUUCCAACUCAACACAGUUGUUAAUUGGAACAGUCACCAGUAGCCCUACAAACUUUUCAACAGCCUCAAACUGCACUGACGGAGGAGAACAGAACAUCAGCACAGGCACUGUGCUGUACGCUACUGUCGGGGUCGUUUUCAUGCUCACUAUCUUGAUGCUGGCAAUGUGCUUCAGGAAAUAUAGAGGAAAGUCAAAACCUCAACAACAAGUUUGCUCCAACACCACAGACGUCUUCAUUGCAGAUGAAAGCGAGGUUGACCGUGUGUAUGAGGAGAUUGGCGAGGAAGUGCGAUCUCUAAAAAGAUGUGAGAGGUUCUUUAGCACACAGACCCCAAAACAGGACCCACCGACGUCUGCGUCCACAGAAGCCGAAUGCAGCGCACCCCAUCAUAUCUAUGAAAACAUCUGCUGCUCCAAAGUUACUGCUGAUUCAAGGUGUUCAGUUGCAGGCGUCCAAGACGAGCAUGGCUCUACAAGCUCUGGUGUCUACAUCCAACUAUUGCCAUCUACAAUAUCUGAAAGGACUGGUGAAAGCUCUGUUGGGGAACACAAAAAUAAACCUACAGCAACCAGAAAAGCGACAAGCAAAGCUACAGAGAGCAGAGAACAGAGUGGUUGUCACUCUAGAUCUCGCAGUGAUUCCACCGAAGAAAGGCCCAAAUCACUUUGGUUUGGUUUGGAUUUAUCAGGAACAGUCUGAGUUACUCUCAAAGGUGUAAACUGUAUGUGUUAUGCUGCUUCUCCAAUUAUAAGUAACAUUUAUCUUUUACUGUUUAUUGCUUUACAAAGCCAUGCUGCUGAGUGCAUGCAUUGAUUUUGGGUCUGUGUGCCUACAGCCAGCCAAUCUUACUUUUUACAGUAAAGAGGAAACCUAGUUUCACAGAGUUACUUUACAUACUUUUGAUUAUUUGUUUCGCUUUACUUGGUAGUUAGCACUUGACAGAGAAUAGUGAGAGAGGACGGAUGGGUCUCACAUGGAUCAGGCUGUAAAUAGGAAGAGCUUACAAUAUAGUCAAAUCUUAUACUACAGCCAUAUAUCAAAAUGUACCUUUAUGAAGUUUAAAGUGUUUUUCUGCAGUGCUAUAGUUGAGGGGGUCUUUUAAGAUCUGUAACAUCACUGUGUUCCUGCAUUUGAUUGCAUUCAUGUAUGAAAGGUGCUAAGUAAAUACAGUUUAUUGUUUUUGCUAUUAUUAAUGGGAUUUUAUUUGAGAGCACUGCUAUUGCACAUUGUAAAACCUUAUAAAGGGAGAGAGAGCAGUAACUACAGAAACAGUGACGUUGGGGGAAAAAUGGUUUGAAGUUUAAAGGCUCUUAACCAAACUGUGUAACAUAGAUAAAUUGUAACCGGCUUAUGAUUAUAAUUAUUAUUAAUCAUUGUCCCAGACAACCAUUUAGAUCCUGAACAAUCUCAGUGUCGCAGGGAAAUCAGGCAUCUACAUACAAAAUAAGUUAUUGUUUUAUCAGCUUUCUUGUCCAUUUGAACUUACAAGCUACUUUAAUUAAUCUUUAAUAAAAUACAUUUAAAUAUGUGAUUUAAAGGUAUUUCAACCGUGUGAAUUCCACACUACUCAGACACAUAUUUGAUCGUGUGUUUGCAGUUAGUAAGAGUAUUUGAGUAUGUAGAUGGAAGUUUAAAGUCCCACUCCACUCAAAAAUCUGUAUUUCUUCUACAGUUGGAUGUUUGCAGAAUGUGCAGAAUAAUUUAUGUGCAGAGAUUAAAAACAGAAGAAUGUUUCCACAUUCAUCUGCUGAAAGUGAAA